UCUCUUACUCUUACAAUACUCUCUCAAAAUUCUCUGAUUUCUCUUCUCGGAGGAAAAAUGAGGACCUUAAACUCAAUAGCACCGACGGGGUCACAGUCUGCAAUGAUACAGCACUCGCCAUGGCAUUCUCCGGUUCCUUACCUCUUCGGUGGCUUGGCGGCUAUGCUGGGUUUAAUAGCUUUUGCUCUGCUCAUCCUUGCUUGUUCUUAUUGGAAACUUUCUGGGUAUUUAGAGAACGGUGACGGUGCCGAAAGAGAUCCCGAAAGCGGAGACGAGAAGGGUGGUGAUGGAAUCAAAGUUCAGACUGUGUUUGAAGAAAAGAUUGUUGUGAUCAUGGCAGGGGACGAGAAACCCACCUUCAUUGCUACACCCAUUUCAAGCAGGGCUUCUUCUUUUAAUGAUAACAAGAAGAAGAACAACAGUGAAGAGAUUGAAAAAUCUGAGAAAUCUGAGAUACCCAAAGAAGAAGCGGGUCACCAAGAACAACAGCAACAACAAGAAGAAGCAGAGCAGAACAGAGAGACAAGCCAAAGCCAGAGCCAGAAUCAGGAGACCCAGGAGACCCAGAACCAGAACCAGAACCAGAACCAGAAUCAGUGAGCGCUGUUCUAAUCAUCUUCUCUCUUUUUUUUUCUGAUAUCAAUCUUGCCUGUGGAGAGGAGAUAGGGAAAGCUCAUAAUUCAGGUUUUGGAUUGUUCACUGAAUAUGAGCUUUUUAGUGGUAGAUGACGCCAUGGGAGAGUUGGAGAUUUGCAGAUUAUGAAUAUUUAUUUUUUCUUCUCUCCCCCCCUCCCCCACCCCUCCUCUUUUUUUCUUAAGAACUCCUCCGGGAAUGUAAAAAAUUGAGACGAAAUCAAAGAAAGCUUUGGUUCAGAAAA